AUGGCAGAUGACCAUAAGGACACGAAACGGUAAUAACCUUUUUGAAGUUUACAGGUGAAGUUGGUAAUGGUACUAUGUACUGGUUAUUAGGUAGGAACUGGGUACUAUUUAUGCAGUACUUACUUAUACAAGUCUUAAGUACUGUGUUCUGUAUGGAGGGGGGGGAAGUUGAUAACAUGUAGUACGUUAUUGGAUGAUUACUAAGCCUGAGCACUAGAUUUAUUGGUACUAUUUAGUAGGUUAGGCUUAUUUUAUCCAUACCUCUUAAGUCAGGUUUAUAUCACCCAUACCCUUUAAUUAAGGCUCAUAUUACCUAUCCCCAGUGUUUUGCCGGACCGGGUCCGGUCCGGAUUUUCAAAAAUUGCAAAAUUGAAAACAACUUUUGAGCUUAUAAUUUGAAGCUUUAAAAAAUAAAUUACUUUUGUGAAGGUCCGUCUCAUACAAGUUCCUCGCUAAACAUUUGGACCGGCCGGACCGAAUCGGUCUUGCCGGUCCGGGUGGUCCAUUUCGGUAAUAACUUGAAAGCCAAAGACGGACCUUCACAAAAGUUAUUUAUUUUUUAAAACUUCAAAACAUAAGCUAAAAAGUUAUUUUCAAUUUUGCAAUUUUUGAAAAUCCGGACCGGACCGGUCCGGCAAAACACUGCCUAUCCCUCUUACCUUAUCACAAAUCUAUAAAUAUUCGGCGGUUUGACGCAAAAUGUUAUUCUUUCUCGUAUAAUUGAUAAAGACAAACGAGGCCUGCCAACAUGUGGGGGUUUUAAUGGCUUUACGUGGCCCCGUUCUUAGUUUAAGCCGGCUCGCAAUUUGGGAAGGCGUAGUGCUAUGAAAAGGGACAAUUAUAAAUGUUGGUGGGGCUAAAAGAAUUAAAAUUUUAAUGAUGGUUUGGCUUUAGGGUUGGGAAUUAUUACGCUGUGGUUUAAAAUUGGAUGUAGGUGCAUUUGGGUCAGGGUAGAAAAUAAGAAAAUUAAUUUUUUAAGCUAUGCUAAAGAUGAAAAUUGAUUUUUGAAGCUAUGCUAGGCAUGAAAAUUUGAUUUUUCCUGCUGGGCUAGGCAUGAAAGUUGAUUUUCUAGGCUAGAGUAAAGAUAAAAGUACUUUUUUUAGGUCAGGCUAGGCAGAAAAAUCGAUUUUUUAGGCUAGGUUAAAGAUAAAAGGUGACUUUUUAGGCUAGGCUAGGCAUGAAAAUUGAUUUUUUAAACUAGGCUAAAGAUAAAAAUCACUUUUUUAGGUGGGAUAUAAUUGAAAUUUGAUGUUUGUGUCAGGCUUGGACUGAAAAUGGAUUUUUUGGUUAGGACAGGGUCACGAUUUUUAAAAUUUUCGUGUUAGGAUCCAUAAUUUUUUUGUUUAAAACAUAGUAAGAAUUUUAAAAAAGCGAACGAAAUUUUUUGUUAUGAAGAGGGCAGGGGUUAAAAGGCUUUUAAUUGUUAAAGGAUGCCUAGGAUUACACUUUUAAAUACAAAUGCACUUUAUAAAGGACGUUUAAUUAAGCUCAAACAUAGGAAUUGGCUUGUUUUGAAAAGGUCUUUGUUCAGUUUUUAAUCUUGAUUUAAAGUUCAAGUUUAAAAUUUUUCAAGCAUUUUUUGGCAUUUUAUUUAAAACGCUUAAAAAUUUGUUUUAUAUUUUAUUAAAUUGUUUAUAAAAUCACAGCUUUGUGACCGUUUAAAAAUCCACGAAACCUUUUCCGAACACUUUUCCUAUUAUUUAUAUUACCUCAAUUAAGCCUUUGUUCCCGUUUUGUGAACGGAGAAAAUGGCGAUUUCUAUUGAAAUUCAAAUCAACUUGGGUCUUCUUUAUAAUCUCGAAUUAAAAGAGUUCCGAGAUUCAAAAGAAAUCGAAUCAAAGAUCAAACUCUUUCGAAUUCAAAUGAUUUGAAUUUAACUCUUUUCUAAUUUCAAAGGAUUUCAAGGGACGAGGAAUUAUUUUUGAAAAUUUGAACGGGCAAUGACUUGAACUUUCCGAAAUCUCUAAAAUUUAAAAAUAUAGAUUUUUAAAUUACCAAUCACACUUGCCUUGCCUUAUGUUACCCUACCCAACUUAAAAAAAUUAAAACAAAAUUUAUUUAAAUAACUAAAGGUGACCUUUGCAGAGUGUCGUUCGGGUCUUCGAAUGAUGUCAGGUUAAUUGUUUAUGACGAGCCCAACUGUGCCACAUAUACAUUUCACAAGAAAAAGGAACACCCCAGGUAAGAGAAAUCGAACGGCGUGAAGCCCAUCACAACAAUGUUGACGUCUCGGACAAAAAGAAGUGUUUUAGUACUUUUAAUGGGUCUAUACGAAGGUUUUAGGAUUGUCUUGAAUGUUUUUAAUUGUCUUUGUUUUUUUUGUCUUACAGUUAUUGGGGCAUUAUUAGCUGUAAGAUAAAAAAAUCUUACAGUUACUGAGGCCUUAAUUAAAGAGCAAAAAAGUUUUGUCGUUAACUUGCACACCUUAAAAGAGAUAAGGCUUUUGAGUAAUGUGUAUUACAAAACUUUAUAAGUUUCUAAAAAAAUUAUAAAGAAACCUGUUACGUAUAAUAUUAAUUUCGGCGCCUUUGAUCUAUAAAUUGGUGUUAACGUGCAAACUUUUGUUCAAAAAAGUAAUCAAAAAGGCCAAAUUUUAUGUUUAGAGCUUUUUUUUACAUCGAAAAAACAUUAUCAUUUUGAGCCGAUGAGUAAUUUUUACAUUUUUUUAAUCAAGUUGUGAUGACACUUUAUAAACUUAAUUUUUAUGAAACUUUUCGAGCCAUAACUUUUAUGGUUAAACCGCAUUUUUUUCAAAAUCUUGAUCUCUUGGUCUACUGCCCAAUUCUUCACUUAUCGUGACGUUCGUCUUCACUCCCAUCGUUCUACGAUGAGGAAGUACUCUUUUAAUACGAGGCAUUUUACUAUCAUAUCUCGAAUGUUAUGGUUGAGUGCAUUUACUAUUAAAAUUUAUGUGGUUGAGUGUACUUUUGCAAACACUAAGGCCUUGAGGCUUUAUGCAUUUUGGAAUUAGGGUAGGGUUAAUGUAUUUUUAUUAUACAGUAUAUUUAAAGGCUUAAAUAUUGCUCAAAAAAGUCAGGACUUCUUUGAUACCCCGUAGUACAACUCUGAUUACUAUACUUUUCAAAAUAAGCUUUCAAUUAUACUCAAAUGCACUUUACCUUCAUUUUAUGACAAAAAAACAUUUCGUUUUUUUUGCGACAAAUCCGGAGCAUUUUCUCUCAAUUCCCCCCAACAUGUAUUGAAAACGUUUCAUCCAUGUUACUCAACAGGAAAUAAACGCAUUUUACUCUCGAAUACGACCCCAAUGCACAGUGGGUUUCUUUUGUCCCUGUUUUUUGCACAUUGUGUUUCUUGUGCUCAUUUGCAAGCCGCGGGCCCUCUUAAUUAGAUCACUAAAAGCGGCCUUUGAAACCCGGGAAGGAGGGGAGGAGGGGGAUCGAUUGUUAAAACCGAGAGGAACCCGCAGGCUAGGGGGGAUCGAUGGCUGAAACAGAGAAAUGCGCGUUUCGAAAAAAUUUCGGGGGGGGAGAUUUGUAUGAAAAUUCGCCCGGCUCGCCGCCGUCUUUUUCACUCCGGCUUUGCCUUUUUUUUCUUCUUCAAUUCGGAUGAAGGGGGGAGUGCUCUCGCCCCGGCCUCUCUCCCGGCUUUUCCUCACGAACACUCUGUCCUCGGCGCGCCGUCGUUUGUGUGUUUUUUUGAUUGUUCUUAUGGCCUAUCCUCCAGGCCCAUCCCCGUAUCAUUACCUCCUCUUUCUUUUUUGUUUUUUCGCCUUUUUUUUGAACGAUUUCCGUGCGUUUCAAACCGCCGAAUCAGUUUGUUCACCCUCGACUUUCGCGGAGUUUUGCAUCGAGCAAAAAGAUUUUUUUUUGCAUUGAAACAUUCUUCGAAACGCCUGCUAAACUUCAUUGUAAUUUAUCUUUGCUAUUUUACUAGGAUUCUGCUCGAUAUUACACCACAUUUCACUAGGAUAAUAUCAUAUUAUAUUCGAUAUUAUACUGGAGCAUAUUUUCUAAAUUCUCAUCAACUUCAUCAAAAUUCUCUUCAAUUUUCGUCGGAAUACAUUGUUUAACUUUCACAAGAAUUUCCCUAAGUUUUGCGUAUGAAUUCAGACGAUUCUGCUUGUAGAACCGAGACGCCGGAUCGAGUUUUGGUGAAAAGUGAGAACUGCGAAGAACCCCGCCCAAUUUCGCCACCAGCUCAAUUGUUUACCCCGCCUGAGGCAGCACGAACACCGGAGAGGUAGGAGUUUUAAUCCUUGUUGUUUUCAAAUUUUAGGUAUCAAAAUUUGAUAAGAUUUCGUUAUUUGGAAUGUCAGAACUAAACUAGAACAAAAUAUUUUCAUUUUAAAAUAUUAUUUAAAAAAAGUGAACGAUAAAAAGCUCUUUUUUCAUAAUUUUCAUGUUAAGGAAUUCCUUUUUACUACAAAAUGUGUUGUUUACAAAUUCCGAUUGUUACAGCAUUGUUGUUGCUAAGUGCAAGUUUAGUUCGAUUGUUUUGUGUGGCUCCGUUUAAGGUUGUUUUUGCGUUGUUUCGGUGAAUUUUAAAGAGAUUUCUAACGGUUUUGGAAAGAAAAAGAUUGUUUUUACAACAAAAGAAAUGUUGAGGAAUUUGUAAAGAUUUAAUUUAGGACAAAUUAACGUAAAUUUUUAAAAAUAGCUAGGAAAAAGGAGUAAUUGAAGGCUAUGACAAUAUUAAAAUUUGAACUUUGAAGUUUAGUGAAUAAUUUAGUUUAUAUUGAUGGAAAGGCUCUUACGAAACUAUGUUUAUUAAGAAAGACGUUCAAAACAUGCUUCUUCUUGAACUUUCAGUACUGUGUAACAUGUCAUAAGCGGAAUAACUUAAAAAUUUAUGAGAAAUUGAAGAUGUUCCGUGCAAACUAGUGUAGAGAAGGGUAAAAGAUAAAUGUUUAAAGACCACUGAUAACGAAAGAUAAAAUAUUGGGCAUAUUGCCAGCAACCCAACCUCCAAUUCGAAGAAUAACAGCAAAUUUGUUUACAGAAAAAUGGAUUCUGAAGUGGACAACCCGUUUCGGCCGAAAGACGUGCUCUACAAUGAAGUGGAUCCGAUUGUCGAGGCCUACAAAACGAAGCCCUUCCCUCCGUCGCCUUCGGGCUCGCCGAUUCCUCAAGAUCUCACGCCCUUCAAGAACGGCAGGCACGUCACACUAGAAUGUGGUGUGGUGCACUCCGACAGUACACAUGCUCAUGUUAACGAAACACAGCCACUAACAAUGCCUGAGGCGAAAAAGACCGAAAACGGGCUUAGCGACCUACCGCCGCCCAAUAACGUCGAGUUGGUGCACUUGGACAAGAAAAAGAAGUGCGGUUGUUGUACGGUGCAAUAA